CAUUGUUUGCUGAUGUUGUGAAGAUAUAUUCCAAUGAACGAUUUCUAUUUAGUAGUGAGAUCUGGCUGUAGGGCUCAAGUCUGUCAGACAGAGUAUCUUUCUACAUCAACAGGCAUGGGUAAUGCAGAGACAAUGGCACAGAGCUUGAGAGGGUGAGGCUGAUGAAAUAUCUGGGAGCAGACACUGAUCAAGAAAUUUUACAUCCUGCUGUUACUUCUCCAAGGUCUUUGCCAAUGAAGUGGUUCCUCCUCUUGUCACUGCUCCUGCCUUCAGUCUGUGAUAAACCGAGAGAUUUUCAGAUUGUACACAGUGUGAAUGGUGACGAUAAGAGAGAUUUAACGUCUGUGAAUGAGCGGGACACUGUGAAUAUUAGCUGUACCAGUCAGAACAGUGACCCUGCAGUCUCAGGGUACAGCUGGUACAGACACACUCAGAACAAGCCAGUCAGCGGGCAGAUACUGCUGUUUGAAAGCAUCACCAAGGACGACAGUGGGAAUUAUCAAUGUGAGGCUAGAAACAACGUUGGGACAGGGAGAUCACACACCAUCACCAUCAGAGUGCAGUACGGACCGAGAAACGUGGAGAUUAUUUCUGAGGAUACAGUGAAGGAGGGGACCGAGAUCACGUUAACGUGUCGAGGUGAAGCCAACCCCCCGGUUCAUACCUACAGCUGGAGGAAAAUGUGCAACAGACAACGGAAAGAUCUGCGAGAAAAUACCGACACGAUUAGGAUUCAACCCACCAGGAAUGAUACAUCUUGUAGCUACAUCUGUACAGCAGGGAAUUCUGUCAGCUCCCGGGAUUCUACACCCAAACACAUUAAUGUACAGUAUGGUCCUGGAGAUGUUACCAUUGUUCGCAAUGAGCCACAGGGAGAGGUGAAGGAGGGAGACCGGGUUACCCUGACCUGUAACUCCAGGAGUAAUCCAGGAGCUCUCUACACCUGGUAUAAGGACAGUGUGAACUCAGCAGCUAACAAGGGGACAGGGAACAUCCUGACCAUUCGCUCCAUCACCCCAACGGAAUCUGGAGAUUAUUACUGCAAAGCGGAAAACGUUAUUGGAAGACAAACUUCAAAGAGCUUCAGGAUUGAGGUGCUCUAUGCCCCUCGGAAUGUGAAGGUGUCGAUCUCUCCAUCGGACAGUGCGAUACACGAAGGUGACAACAUCACCCUGAGCUGUACCAGCGACAGUAACCCCCCAACCAGCUGGUACAAGUGGGUACGGAGACAGGGAGAGGAGACUGAGCCUCUGGAAUCAUCUGAGAGAGACCUGACCUUGUACAGAAUCACUCCCAAACAGGAGGGUGUGUACUCCUGUGAGGCGGGGAACACUGUUGGUGCCAACAGGUCGGACGGUCGCAGGAUAGCGUUUGGGAAUAACAGAGGAGAGAGUCUGCAUGUGAUCCUGAUCCUGGGAAUACGAGCUGGGAUAUUCAUUGUAGCUGUUGUUCUCACUGUUGCUGGUGUUUGUGUCUGUGAGGGGGAAACUGUUAAAGGAAGCUGAAAGGCUGCUUCAAGCUUUAUCAGUGCAACCAAAUCCCAUGGGAUGUUGGGUUAAGGGAACUGGUUCGGAUUGUCUGAGAGCCAUAGAAUUCUCAGGUAACCAUUCAGUCCAUUGAGCUAUGCCAGCUGUCUCUGUACAGUAAUGCAGUCAGUGCCAUUUCCCCACUCACUACUCAUUGUUCUGAGAGUUUAUUUCCCACAAAUAUUCAUCCAAAUUCUGUUUGAAAUCAGUGAGCAUCUUCCCUUCCACACCACCUUGUAGGCAGUGAGAUCCAGAUUAUUAUCACUCACAGUGUAUAACAGUCCUUCCUCACAACCCCUGCUCUGUCUAUCCCACCCCGAAUCUUCAAUAUGUCUCCUUGGUCCUUGUACCUUCAGCAAAAGGGAACAGCUUUCCUUUGUCUCCCUGAUCUAAACCUGGCCCCAUCUCGUCCUCAUCAGUCAGAUUCACCCCCAGUCACCGUCGCUCUGAGAGGAACAGCACCAACUUCCCCAAAUGAACCCUGUCACUGAAAUCCCCGCUCAUUGGAACUGUUCAGGGAAAUCUCUUCCAUAUCCUCUCAGACUCUCACAUCCUUCCUGAAAUGCACUGACCAGAACUGGACACAAUGAUGUCUUUGUAAACUAAGCAGACCUUUAUAAACUCAGCGUAACUUCCUUGCCUUUGUCCUUGACAGCUCGAUCUAUAAAGCUCUUGUUCUGUACAUCAGCACAAACAGCAAUUUACCAGCAGAAUGUCUUCAGCAAAUGGAGUCCAAUUAAACUUCAGUGUGUGUGCUACUUAGUGUAUUGACAGAAACCCCAAACACCCUCAUCCUUUCUGCUCCCCAAGUGCUGUUGUGUGACCCUGUCUUACCCAAGAUGGAGUGCUGCCAACGUGGUUGAAUAUCCCUGAACUGAAGUGUGAACUUCACUCAGACCUGAACAUGCUUUCUGAAUGUUGCAUCUUGGGCAAACAGUGAGAAAUUGCAGCAAGCUUGUUGGUAAUGAACAACUUUACCGUUAUUGGAUUAGAUUAGAUUCUCUACAGUGUGGAAACAGGCCCUUCAGCCCAACCAGUCCACACCCCACCUCUGAAGAGAAACCCACCCAAACCCAUUCCCCCACAUUUAUCCCUGACUAAUGCAUCUAACACUGUGGGCAAUUUAGCGUGGCCAAUUCACCUGACCUGCACAUCUUUGGAUUGUGGGAGGAACCCAGAGGAAACCCACGCAAACACAGGGAAAAUGUGCAAAUUCUACACAGACAGGUGGGAAUUGAACCCAGGACCCUGGUGCUGUGACGCAGAAGUGCUAACCACUGAGCCACUGUGCCAUCCAAAGUGGAAUGAAAUACUCAGGUACAUAAAUAUCAAUUCAACUUCAUAUUGAUUCAAAAUUGUUGACUCAAGAUUGCCUCACAUGUUCUCAUCUUCCCCACAUUGUUUGAAUUCCUGGGCCAACUUUCCAAUGUAAACAUGUCACAUUGUAGUUACAGCCUCCUGCCUGUGGUGGUGCUGUAAUCUGCAUCUCAGAUGCUGGAGGAAAUAAUGUGGUGGAGAACAGGUCAUUCUUCUGUAACACAACAGUUGCAUUAUUGUGCUACCCUGCAUUUUUGAUAAAUCGCACUUUGGAAACGGUGCUUAAUGUGUUGGUGAUGUAAUUGCGUUACAGCCAACACACAUUUUAAAUAUUCAUGCUUUAGAAACAGUGUCACCAAUUCAUCAAUUAUGUUACAGUGAAUUUACGUUAACAAAAUGCACAUUAUAGCAGAAUGACCUGUACCUGAAAUUUCUGAGACAUGGAUUUCAAAGGAAUUUUUGUACUGAGCUUAAAAAUGUUUUAAGAUAGAGCUUAUUCAGUGUGCUCUCAUUAGUAAUGACAUCUCUCCCUCAAUAUCACCCUCUGACAAAGGACACACCCUCAAUACUGACACUCCAAUAGGAUAGUGGUCUUAAAGGAAUAACCCUCUAACAAAGUCUCAUAGUCCCUCCCUAUCACUUUGCGAUGAUGUUAUGGCUUUAAGAGAUGUAUUUUGUCCUGUCUUUGUUUUGAAGAAAGGUUUUCAGGCUGAGGGUUGUUGUCCAUUGAAAACCUAUAAAACAGCUUAGGUAUUUUCAAAGAUGGAAGAAUAGAAGCAGCCUGAAUGGGUGUGAUCAAACUCCCACAGAACCUGGAUUUUAGGUUUAACUUUCAACAGUUGUUGCUGAGGUCUCAACAGAGUGUGGAAGCUGGAGGAUGUCUCUCCCUGCUUCACUCGCUCACUGAAUGAUCUCUUGAUGUUUUUUCUUACUGCUGCUGGAGUUGCAUGUCAGACAAUCUGUUUUUCUGAAAUUACCUGUUGCCAAUGGUGUGUUUAUGGGGUGUUACGAUAUUACAACAGUUACUCUUUAGUAGUAAAAUAAUUUCUUAUUCUGUUUAGUUUUCAAAUAUUCUAAUUGCCUUUUCCAUUUAUUGUCUUUUAACUAUAGUGUAUGA